AUGCUACAACAAUCAAACUUUAAAAGAUUGAGAAGAAAUAGUGAUAACUUUGAAACAACCAAGAAGAGGAAGGUAUUCAAUGAAAGUUCUCAAGAAGAAGAUUUCAUAGAUGAUUCUGAGCAAGUAGUGUUUUCUCAAUAUUCACAACAAUCAGAUGAUGAGGAAGAUCAAGAAGUAGCCAGUUCAGAUGAUGAAUAUGACAUCCAAGAAGGAGAAGAGGAAGAAGAAGAACAAAUUGAGGAAGCUGAAAUACCAAACAGAAUAAUCAAUGUGAAUGCAGAGGAGGAUGAGUAUCACUUUUCACAAGAAAGUGAAACUCCACCCACUGAAACAGCUCAACGAGUUAGAGCUUCAGGCUCCAGUGGAGAAGGUACAUUGGAUGUAAAUUUGCAAAAGGGAUCAUGUGAAAGAUAUGUGCGAGCAAUUUUGGGCAACUUUGUGGCACAAUGUUGUGAUCAAGAAUUAGAGGAGAAAAUUAAUCGGGAAAUAGAUGACCAGCAAUAUCCCAUUCAAUAUUUUAUCAACACAUUCAAGAAUCAUUUCUGGAUUGAAGAUGAUUUUGAAAAGAGUGAGAAUGCAAUUAAUUGUCAAUGUUGUAAUCAUUCCCCUGUUCGUAAUUUAUUUAUUGUAAAGAGUAAGGGUGAUUAUACAGAUCCAAUCUAUGUUGGCUGUAAAUGCGCACUGCUUUUUUAUCUAGAUGGAAGUGAUAAUAGACAAGAAACUAAACGAAUGGUAGAGGAGAAACUGUAUAACGUAAACAGAUUUUUUCAAUAA